AUGGCUCAGACGGCGCACCGCGGGCACGGCAACGCGGGCGCGGACGCGCUCCGCGCAGCGGCGGGCGAGCGCGCGCGCAAGGACGCGCUGGACGAGGCGCGCGCCGAGCGCGAGCGGCUGGCGGAGGAGACAAAGGCGCGCCGGCACCAGCGGCCGCAGCGGCACGCACCCACCGCGCCGCCUCGGCAGGCGUACCGCCUCGGCGGCGUCGACGACAAGUUCUCCUCCUCCACCAACGGCGUCGAGGGACAGCUCGCCAAAGCGACCGUCGGGCUCGUCAGCGCCGCGGAGUUCGCGAGGCGGCGCCAGGAGCUGGAGAGCGGCGGCGGGGGGGGAGGCGGCGACGGCGGCGGCGGCGACGGCGGUGGCGGUGGCGGCGGCGGCGGCGGAGGCGAGGCGCCAAAAAAGAAGAAGAAGAAGAAGGUGGCGCAAGGGGCGCUGUCGUUUGGGGGGGAGGACGAGGAGGAGGGCGCCGACGAGGCGCCGCACCUCGUGCCGAAAAAGAAAGCCAAGUCCGAACACUUCGUCUCCUCCUCCUCCUCCGCCGCCGCAGCAGCGGCGCCGCCGCCAGCCGCCGCCGCCGCUGCUGCCGCCACCGCCGCCGCCGCCGCCGCGCCGCCGCCGCCGCUGCCGGCCGGCUGCACGUCGGUGAAAGAGGCGAACAAGCCGCUCUGCGAGUACUUGGGCGAGACACUCGCCAGCGUCGGCAGCGCCAAGCUGCGCUGCGAGGUUGUGCGCGGCGAGAGGGCGCCGGCGGCCGCCGCGGCGCCACCGAGGAGCGUGGGCCGGCCAACCUUCUGA